UGUCCGGCUCCGGGCUCCCAUUGUCUCCGCAGCUGCAGCCUGGUCCAGCAACCCUGCUUGGUGUUCAAUUUUCGGAGGUCGUGCUCUUUCUCUGGCCGAUAGAUCGGUCCCGCGGCCGAGAACCGGAUCCUGGAGUUCCGUCGGCUCUUCUUCCUCCCUAGGACCCACUUUGCUGUCCCAGAGAGACUGCAGCUAUGUCUGCGCUGCGACCUCUCCUGCUUCUGCUACUACCUCUCUGUCCCGGUCCUGGACCAGGACCAGGGAGCGAGGCAAAGGUCACCAGGAGUUGUGCAGAGACCCGGCAGGUGCUGGGGGCCCGGGGAUAUAGCUUAAACCUAAUCCCUCCCGCCCUCAUCUCAGGAGAGCACCUCCAGUUCUGUCCCCAGGAGUACACCUGCUGUUCCAGUGAGACCGAGCAGAAGCUGAUCAGAGAGACUGAGGCCGUCUUCCGGGGCCUGGUGGAAGACAGCGGCUCCUUCCUGGUUCACACACUGGCUGCCCGGCACAGAAAGUUUAAUGAGUUUUUUCGGGAGAUGCUUUCUGUAUCCCAGCAAUCCUUGGCCCAGCUCUUCUCGCACUCCUAUGGCCGCCUGUAUUCCCAGCACGCCCUCAUCUUCAACGGCCUGUUCUCUCGCCUGCGGGACUACUAUGAGAAGUCUGGUGAGGGGCUAGAUGACACCUUGUCGGAUUUCUGGGCGCAGCUCCUGGAGAGAGCGUUCCCCCUGCUCCAUCCACAGUACAGCUUCCCCCCUGACUUCCUGCUCUGCCUCACACGCCUCACCUCGACUACUGAUGGCUCUCUACAGCCCUUUGGGGACUCACCCCGUCGCCUCCGCCUACAGAUAACCCGGGCCCUCGUGGCUGCCAGGGCCUUUGUCCAGGGCCUGGAAACUGGAAGAAGUGUGGUCAGUGAAACGCUGAAGGUGCCUGUGUCUGAAGGCUGCCGGCAGGCUCUGAUGCGUCUGAUUGGCUGCCCCCUUUGCCGGGGAGUUCCCUCACUUAUGCCCUGCAGAGGCUUCUGCCUCAAUGUGGCCCAUGGCUGUCUCAGCAGCAAGGGACUGGAACCUGACUGGGGCAGCUAUCUGGAUGGUCUCUUGCUCCUGGCUGAGAAGCUCCAGGGGCCCUUUUCCUUUGAGCUGGCUGCUGAGUCCAUUGGGGUGAAGAUCUCAGAGGGUUUGAUGUAUCUGCAGGAAAACAGCGUGAAGGUGUCAGCAAAGGCGUUUCAGGAAUGCGGGACACCCCACCCGGUGCCCGCCCGCCACCGCAGAGCGCCAGCGCCACGGGAAGAGGCGGGCUGGCAGUGGAGGCGCCGCCGGCGGCUGCAGCUCCGAGCGGCUACGGCCAGAAUGAGGGCCGCGUCGCUGGGACAGGACCUGGAUAUGCACGAUGCAGAUGAGGAUGCUAGUGGCUCUGGAGGGGGACAGCAGUACGCUGACGACUGGAAGGCUGGGGCAGCACCGGUGAUACCCCCAGCCCGGCCUCCAAGGCCUCCUCGCCCUCCUCGCAGGGAAGGUCCAGUGGGCAAAGGAGGUGUCGGCCCACGUUACAACCAGGGCAGGAGCAGGAGUGGGGGGACAUUCGUUGCUCCUCAUACCCCACCCAUCUUCAUUCUCUUCUUUUCAGCCCUGGCUCUGCUUGGACCUCGAUAACAUGGGAAGGGUGCCCUAGCAUCAGAAGGAAUAACGGGCCCUUCAUGUCCUCUCUUCAGCUGGGUCUGGGGAGGGAGAAGUUGAAAGGGCUUCAGAGAGGGUGGAAAAGGGACUUGCAGGUGAAUGGCUGGGGCCCCAAAUUCCAGGAGAUUCCCAUCAGUGGGUUGGGGGGGUGUUCACAAUAUUUAUUUUUUCAUUUGGCCUUUGGGGAGGAGGUGCUGCGGUAUUUAUUUUAGGAAGGAAGGAAGGAAGAAAGGAAGGAAGGAAAGUCUUAGCCCUCCAAAGUUGAGGGCUUGUCAUCAGCUCCAAUAAGGGGAAAGGGGGUGUUUU